AUGACGUAUCAAAGUGAGAUGUCAGACAAAGAUGUGGAAGAAGUGAAGCGACGGCAGCACUCCCUUGCAUUCAGCUCAGCCGGAGCCCAAGCUCAGACCUAUCAUGUCAGCUUUGAGACGUUGGCUGAGUGCCAGAGAUGGCAGCGACAAGCAUCCAAGGUGGUGUCCCAGCGAAUCAGCACUGUUGACCUGUCCUGUUACAGCCUUGAGGAGGUUCCUGAGCAUCUCUUCUACAGUCAAGAUAUCACCUACCUCAAUUUGCGACACAACUUCAUGCAGUUGGAAAGACCUGGGGGCCUUGACACUCUUUACAGAUUUUCUCAGCUAAAGGGCCUGAACUUGUCCCAUAAUAAACUUGGGUUGUUUCCUGUAUUGUUAUGUGAGAUUUCUACCCUGACUGAGCUGAACCUCUCCUGUAACGGAUUUCAUGACCUGCCAAGUCAGGUUGGCAGUCUACUAAAUCUUCAAACCCUCUGUCUUGAUGGCAACUUUCUGACGACUUUACCGGAAGAAUUGGGAAAUCUGCAACAGCUUUCUUCCCUGGGAAUUUCCUUUAAUAACUUUAGUCAAAUUCCUGAGGUUUAUGAGAAACUCACUAUGUUAGAUAAAGUGGUGAUGGCAGGAAAUCGCCUGGAAGUCCUAAACCUUGGGGUGCUGAACAGGAUGAGCCAUAUCAAACACGUGGAUUUAAGGAUGAACCAUUUGAAAACGAUGGUUACUGAAAAUCUGGAGGGAAAUAAGUACAUCACCCACAUGGAUUUGCGGGACAAUCAACUGGCUGACUUAGAUCUUAGCUCCUUAUGUAGCUUGGAGCAGCUUCACUGUGAACGGAACCAGCUGAGAGAGCUGACACUCAGUGGCUUCUCCCUGCGAACCCUCUACGCCAGUUCCAACAGGCUGACAGCAGUGAAUGUCUAUCCAGUACCCAGUCAACUCACUUCUCUAGAACUUUCCCGAAAUCUGCUAGAGUGUGUCCCUGACUGGGCCUGUGAAGCAAAGAAGAUGGAAAUAUUAGAUGUGAGCUAUAAUCUUCUGACAGAGGUUCCCAUGAGAAUCCUUAGUAGCUUGAGUCUCAGAAAGCUGAUGGCGGGGCACAACCAGGUGCAGAGCCUGCCAGAGCUGGUGGAGCACAUCCCUCUCGAGGCGCUGGAUAUUCAGCAUAACCUACUCACCAGGCUGCCAGAUACGCUCUUCUCCAAGGCCUUAAAUCUCAGAUACUUGAAUGCCUCUGCAAACAGUCUAGAGUCUUUGCCGUCUGCUGGCGCAGGCGAGGAGAGUCUGAGUGCUCUGCAGCUGCUCUACCUGACCAACAACCUCCUGACAGACCAGUGUGUGCCUGUUUUGGUGGGCCACCCACACCUGCGAAUCUUGCAUCUUGCCAACAACCAGCUACAGACCUUUCCUGCAAGGUAA